UUUUUUUUUGAAACUCAACUCAUUCUUUUUCUAAUUCAGUUCAUCGAAAACAGACUGAUCGGCAACUCAGACUCAGCUGACUUUACGGAAGCAUGGAAAUUGAAAUUCAGUCAUGCUCCAACAUGGUGCGAUGCCGACAUGGCCUUACAACAAAUUCGAAGGGGUGCAGCCCGUGGUAAUAGGAUUGCAUUGUACUCCAGAAGUUUCUUUCAACAGUGCCUAUUUCAAAUUGGCUGUUUUGUUCAGCGAUGGGCAUGGACAACAGUUAUUGUUUCAUUAAUUCUUUAUACUGCCUGCUGUGCUGGUCUUAAAGAUGUUAUUAUUGAAACUGAUAUUGUCAAAUUAUGGGUAUCGCAAGGAGGUCGAUUACACGAUGAACUUAAUUUCUUAUCAAAUGUACAAGCCGAGGCAAGAAGGAUAUCGAAACGAGAAAUUGAUCCAGACUCUAGUCAUGUUCGAGUCCGGAGAGGACCAGAAUUGCCGCGAGAAAAUGGGCUCGGUGGAGGAUUUCAGGUUGUUAUUCAAACUCCACUACAUGAGAAUGAAAAUGUUUUAUCACAAGAGUCACUUCUACGACAUGUACAACUUAUGGAAGAAAUCUCAAAAUACGAGGUGGAUUUGUACGGCGAUUUUUUCUUGAAAUCAAUGAACCAACUGUAUUUCUUUCCCUUCAGGAAAUGGACGCUUAAUGACAUCUGCUUUAAACCGCCAGGCCCAAAUUUCAACACUGGACCACUAGCUAAGCUGAUGAACACAUUACUCGACAAGAUCAUCCCUUGUAUAUGGAUCACUCCCAUCGACUGCUACUGGGAGGGCGCAAAGCCUUUAGGACCAAAUCCGCCAAUAAAUCUGGGCGAUGAAGUUAGCGCCUUCAUUUCAUCACUUCCCAAGGGUAAUGUUACAUGGAAAAAUCUCAACCCUACCGCUGUGAUGACAGAAGUUGGCUCGCUUUUCGAUCUCGGUCCCAUAGGAAACUUUUUCGAAAGGGCAGGAAUUGGUGCUGCAUACCUCGAUCGUCCUUGUAUUGAUCCUUUGGAUUCUGAAUGCCCGAAGUCCUCACCAAACUAUUUCGACAGAUGUGCAGCAUUGGAAAAGUUUAACGAAUGGAACAUGGGAAAGGGUGAUGCUGAAAAGAUUCAACUCGAAAAGAAAGAGCUACCUAAGGAAAAAGACAUGGAUGCUGCAUCGAAAAUUCUUGAACCUUUGCUGGGUGACAUAUUCGGUCGUAAGAAGCGUGAUGUUGAGACAACUACGAAAAAGGACGACGAUUAUUAUUCUUAUGAAGAUUCAGACUAUGACGUAACCGGAAUUAGCAAUGUUUCUCGUAAGUUCUCGCUUUGCUUUACUUGUUUUUGUAUCCAAUCAUGCAAAUGUUUAUUUUUAGACUCUGCCAAAAAUAAGAAGGAUCCCAAAGAAAUUAUGUGCCUUGAAUACGGUGACUCAUUGCUGAACUGGAUGCGCACAAACCCAGAUCGAUGGGGAGAGUUUCUUACCGAGAAAGAGUUCCCAAAAAAUCCGGAUUUCAAAAAAGUAAGUGACAACAACUUCAGAGAAAAGUGUCGGUAUCGAAUGGUGAUGACCGGUGGAUGCAAAGGAUUUGGUAAGAAUAUAAUGGAAUGGCCUGAAGACCUGAUCAUCGGCGGUCAGUAUCUCCUUCUAUUGCUUCUUGUCCAAAAUGCUCUAAUAUCGCUUUUGUUUGCUGAAUCAAUGUAG